AUGGAGUCACCCCAACUCAACAUGCUAGCCCCCCCGGCCGUGACCGCCCUCAGGUCACAGGCCGGUGUCAUGGAGCGAUCCCUGAGCGAAGAUAUCAGAGAAGAAAGAGAGGAAUUGCGCGAGGCUGCCGAGCAGACUCUGAAUGUAAUUCUUGACCUCAACCUUGAUGGCACCAUCCGCUGGGUCAGCCCCUCGUGGGCCGAUGUGAUUGGGACUCAGCCCGAUUCUGUCAGAGGGACCGCGAUAGCCGACUUGAUUGUUAGCGAUAACAAGACGGCAUUUGCGGAUACCGUAGAGUCGAUGAAAUCAGAUGACUCCCGGAGCCAGAGGGUUCGCUUCGCAGUAUCAAUGGGCCCCUUGUCCAGAUUGCUUUCGAUCGAUAAUCUCCAUGCGCAGGAACUGAAUGGAACCGACGAGCCCGUAUCCGAGGCUAUUGAUCUGGAAGCACAAGGGAUUAUGGUCUAUGACGGCGCCUCGGGAGGAGAGAGUCAUACGAUGUGGAUGAUACGGCCCUAUAUCGCCCCCAGAGAAAUCAAGAUCGACCUUCCCGCUGUCAUUGUUGACUCUCUUGGUUCCGGCGCCGAGGUCCUUGCGAGCUACCUUACGCAGCUGGCCGAGUCCGGCGUUGACGAUCCCGAAAACCACCCUCCUCCCCUGCCAGUCUUGUGCCGAAUCUGCGAGCGGCAAAUCUCACCAUGGUGGUUCGAAAAACACACCGAUUUAUGUUUGCAGGAGCACAGGGCAGAAAUGGAUGUGCAAAUGGCACAAGACAGUCUGACGGACCACCGACACUCCAUUGUCAGGGUUCUCGACGCCCUCGAAGCAAGAAAAAGCCGACCUUUGGCAGGCGACCAGCUCUCUGGCCCAGCCGCCGAGUACAAGGGCCUGCCCAUUGGCCCUCCUCUGUCGGCCCAGUCAUCGCCAGGCAGUUCGGUGUCACAGUCUCGUGAGAGAUCGGGUGGUUUUGGUCAUUCACGAGCUCGUUCUUUCGCCAUCAGACGUCCUCAGGCAAGGAUUGUGGAGUUGCUCCUCGACCUAUGCGACACCGCCAUCGAGAUCAGCACUCCGGCGGUGAAGGAGGCUUCUUCUCAAAACCCUGGCGAGAUCAGGACGCAGUCUCCCCAAUCUGAGUCGCGCAUCUCACAGGUUAUGCAAUGGCAGUCGCCUAGCACUAACACGUUGGAACAGGAGCAGGGUCUCGCUCUGCUAUGCGCUGACACCGAAAAGGCCGCCAAAACGAAGGUGGAAGCCGUUUUCAGACACCGCAAGAUCAUUGAGUAUGCCGAGCGCAUUAGGAUCGAGUUCGCCGUCAUUGUGCAGGACUGCAUCGACGAGGCGAUGCGCAAAGCAGCUCGAAUUGCUGCCGGACGUCUCAGCGACUCCACCGAGGAGGACGACGAGGACUCGGGGGCCACGCCCGCACAGGAGGAACUCUUCUUUCAGGGUUCCUUCGAGAACCCUUCGGCCCUCGCAGUUGCGUUGCAAAACGCCAAUCUUAGCGACAGAACCCGUCCGGCCUCUUUUGUCGAAUCUGCGCGGUCAGCCAGCCCCAGAGAAUGCCCGACGCCGAAAUCCAACCUAGGAGGCAUCACUUCAGCCGCGCCGGCCCGUGAGUCUAGGCGAGAGUCAUUGCUCUUCGAGAGCGACAACGGAGACAGCGAUGGAAGCAUCCGCUCGUCUUCCGUGACCUCGCGACAACCGCCUCGUACCGAUUCUCCGAUAUCCGAGUUUGGAGACCUCCGUCGAGCCGCCAGUUCCAGACAACACCACCGAAGGAGUAUUAUUCUGCCUGGCACCUCUUCGCCCCGAAGACAAGAAUCGCCCUCGCGGCUCAACCAGCCAUCCUCUCCGCUCCGCAUCAUCAAGCCGCGCAACUUCCCGUUCCCUCACGAUGGCAUCACGUCCCCCGAGGCCUCGCCGCUACUCCCGGGAAGCGACUUCAGCUCUCCAGCUCAUUUGCCAGCGAAUCAUCACCGCCGACAGUCAUCCGCCGCGAUGUCUGAGUUCGUGAUGAAGGGCCCGCCGUCCCCGAGAUUGGCUGCCCAUCAGCCUCCGCCACAAGCACGACCAGCGCCUCCAUCUAUCAAAGACUUCGAGAUUAUCAAGCCAAUUAGCAAAGGAGCCUUUGGCAGCGUCUACCUGUCGAAGAAGAAGUCGACCGGGGAGUAUUUCGCCAUCAAGGUGUUGAAGAAGGCGGACAUGGUUGCCAAGAACCAGGUCGGCAACGUCAAGGCUGAACGCGCCAUCAUGAUGUGGCAAGGCCAGAGCGAGUUCGUUGCCAAGCUCUACUGGACUUUCUCCAGUAAGGAUUACCUAUAUCUCGUCAUGGAAUAUCUCAAUGGUGGCGACUGUGCAUCUCUCAUCAAGGUACUCGGCGGUCUUCCGGAAGACUGGGUAAAGAAAUACUUGGGUGAAGUGGUUCUCGGCGUGGAACACCUUCACAGCCGAGGCAUCAUCCAUCGCGACCUUAAGCCAGAUAAUCUGCUCAUCGACCAAAAGGGCCACUUGAAGCUCACCGAUUUCGGACUGUCACGCAUGGGCUUGGUCGGACGACAAAAGCGGGCGCUCAACAGCCAAAAUUCGGAUCCUACACCCGAUCUCCUCAAGCAGGGCCCAUUUGUACGUUCGGCGUCUCUGGCAUCGUCUCGUUCUACCUCGUUGGAUCUUCACGGCCAUGCCCACUCGCCCAGCAUGACACCGCAGAUGACACCCGAUACCGGGUCUAGUGGCGGACAACCCUCUUACUUUGCCCUCGGAGGCCCAGAGGCUCGACGCGUCUCCAGCCACCGUAGUGACAGCGGCGGGAGCGAAACUCUUGCGCGCAUGCUCAACAGCUUUUCGCUGAACGAGCAAGAACACAAUCCGCCGGCCCAUAUCUCGCACCCGGCGCAAGAAGAUGCAAGUGACAGCCCCGGCCAAGCCUCGCCGGACAUGGCGGCACUCCACCAUGCCAGCACUCACUCUAGCGUCGAUUUCCUGGGCAAAAGCACACCUCCUCAGUCAUCAAUGAUGCCGCCCCCGAUGGCUCUGUUCGAUCCGGAAGACACCAACCGCCGUUUUGUGGGAACACCCGACUACUUGGCCCCCGAGACAAUCAAGGGGGAAAAGCAGGACGAAUCCAGCGAUUGGUGGUCCGUCGGAUGUAUCAUGUUCGAGUUUCUCUACGGGUUCCCACCCUUUCAUGCCGACGAAGCCGAGGAGGUGUUUGAGAACAUUCUCGCACGCAAGAUUCAGUGGCCCGACGAAAACGAGUGCGAGCCCGUCUCCGAGGAGGCAAAGGAUCUCAUCAACAAGCUGCUCUGCAUGGAACCCCAAUCACGACUUGGCGCCAACCGAGAGGAGAAAUUCCCCUGCGGCGGCGACGAGAUACGUAGUCACCCUUGGUUCGAGGGCAUCAACUGGGAGACUCUGCUUCAAGACGAGGCUCAGUUUGUCCCACAACUCGAGCACCCCGAAGACACGGAAUACUUUGACGCCCGCGGGGCCGUCUUGCAGUCUUUUGCUGAAGAGAUGGAAGAUCAGCUGUCGCCGCCCGUCUCCGGCACGGGCUCCGACUACCAUGACCGACCCCACGAUGCUCUGUCUCGUGUCCGAUCCCAAGUCAAUUCGAUCAAGCGCAACUUGAUGCCCCUUCACAUCCCUCCGCAUGUUAGAGACCUUAAGAGCAGACGACUUAGCGAGCCCGUAGUUGCGGAUGAUUUCGGCAGCUUUGCCUUCAAGAACCUUCCCGUGUUGGAGAAGGCCAACAAGGAUGUCAUUCAAAAACUUCGGGCAGAGGCAUUGGCAUCCCAGAACAAACCGACUGUCAUCAGCCCUGGCGGCAGUGUCACUUCGCCCGGGCCUGCACUCGAGGUGAGCCCAGUGUUGUCCAACCCGGUACAGCGCACCAUUUCAAAUGCGAAGAACCGGCCACAAUCACCGUCUGGUUUGAGCCACGCCAACUCGUCCCCCAGCAGGGCUUCUCAGCCGUCGUCGCCUCUGCUUGUCUCGUUUGUCGCUGGCCAAGGCAGUGAGGGGAGACGCAAGGCAUCCAGUAACUCAUCGAGUCUCUCGCAACAAUCGACUGUGUCCCACCAGCCCACGUCCCUUGAUAUACCGCGAGUUCCGCCAAGCCUGCAGAAGGCAGCAACAAGUGCCUCCGCCUCGCCGGUAAAGGCGCGUGGCUCAGGGCCACCCCCACCGUUGGCUCUUUCGCCCCAGAAAAUGGUAUCAACUCCCAGGCAGGCCUCGAGCAGUCGAUCAAGGUCCCUGACCGUGGGUUCGCAAUCCCAAGAAGGCAGCCCGAUCACUUCGGAUGUGCUGUCGCAUCACCGCAAUCGUCGCAGUCAGGUGUUCGACAUGUCCCCUUCCUCGUCCGAUAACGAGGGCGACAAACAUAAUGCGCUUCUUCGGGUGCAGCGGCGUCGCCAGAGCUCCCGUCGCCUCUCUCAAAUCGCCUUUGAUGGCGGUCCGAUGUUCCGACCAUUGGACGUUUUGAUUUGUGAGGACCAUCCGGUUUCUCGCAUGGUUAUGGAAAAACUGCUGGAGAAGCUGCGCUGUCGAACAAUCUCAGUGGCCAACGGAUCCGAGGCUGUGAGAUAUGCUAUGAGCGAGAUCAAGUUCGACAUCAUCUUCUUGGAGUACAGGUUGCCUCAGAUCAACGGCGCCGAUGUGGCUCGAAUGAUUCGGGAGACUAAGAACACGAAUUCCCAUACACCCAUUGUCGCCAUCACGGCCUAUCUCAAGGAGCUUCAAGCUCCGCACUAUUUCGAUUCCCUGAUUGAGAAGCCCAUCUCGAGUUCUAAGUUAAGCGAGGUCCUCAAGAAUCUCUGCCAGUGGAAGCCAGAGUCGCCUGGCAUCAACUACUCAAUGUCCCUGGGCCACUCCCAUCCCGUUCCGUCCGGCCUUCGCCAGACCAGUUCGCGAGCAGAUGACAGUCCGACUUCGAGUUCGUCCUUGUACGCUGGACGGCCGGGCAGCAGUUUGAUCACCUCGAGUAGAGAGGACUCUAUCAGCUCCAGUCUUUUCGGAGACUCUGAGUCGGUGUCAACCGAUGAUGUACCAGUGGUCAUCAGUCGAAAGGCGACUGGCGAUUGGGAUGAAGCCGGACUAGGCAUCAGCCAAGAUGAGAUUUUGCACCCAUCAAAUUCGCCUAAGUCACUGCCACAUCUUGUUACGCAGCAGUCCGCACCUGGUCAACUAGAGCAUCCUCGAAGGCCAGCACCUCAGCACUCUGUGGAGAAGCUGAAGGCGAGAAAGGAGCACAUGGAGAAGCGCCUCGCCGAAGGGACGGACUCGGCCGAUGAUGAAGAUGAAGAGCUCGGCCUCGGUCGAGACAAGUUAUUCCGAGGCAAGCCGCUGCUGCCUAGUUCGAAGCUCGGAAUCGAGAUGAUGAGGGCCGAUAGCCACGACAGUGCUACGAUCGGGUCGGAAAGCACCCCAGAGCCCAUCACGCAAGUCGUCACACCUUCGAAGGAGAUGGACAUGCCUUCAUACGACGCGCUGCAGGGUGCAGCCACGCGAACCCCCCCGGACAGUGGUGUCGGCUCGGAAGACAAGACUCUGGUCCCUGAUGUCGACGAAACGCCGAAACCGCAGCCUACAAACCGAGACGACGUCGCAGAUGAGGAGCCGACACCGCGGCCCUUGGAAAGGUCUGGGUUAUUGGGGAGCCAGUAG